GAAUAAAAUCUCUUAAGGGAAAAAAAAAAAAUCUUAUGGAUUGGCCAGAGCCGACGGCCCAUUUUUGCAACUCAUGUUUUCCUUGUUACCAACAAAAAAGCCCUGUUUUUCUCACAUCAACGCCGCUGCAAGAGCACCUUACGCCGCUUCCGUCCGUCCAACUCAAAGCAACCUCUUCCCAUUUACGAAAAACGACAUUCAUCUGCUUUUCAUAAAGCAUUGGGAUUUCAAAACUUCAGUGUGCCUCUUCCACCAACACCACUGAGUUAGAGCUAGAAAAAUGGAUGAUGAAAUGGAGAAAGAAAUUAUUUCAGAUAACAAAGAAGCAGAAGCCUUACAGAAAAAGCACUUAUCAAUGCUAGACCGUCUCUCCAAACGCCAACAAUCCCGUUCAACCAGCUCCACUGAACCUUCCACCGAAUCAACUUCCUCCUUCCUCUCCCGCUUCUCCGAACUAAAAUCCUCCAUCGAGUCUCAUCUCUCCGACUCCCAAUCAGUUGCUUCCGAUCCAUCUCAGCUUAAACCGCAUUUGGAUAAAAUCUCCGAAUCAAUCUCCGAUUUGGAAAAACUCGUCGCUCAAAGCUCCUACUUUCUUCCUUCUUAUGAUGUUCGAUCUUCCCUUAAAACUGUUUCCGAUUUGAAACGUAGCCUUGAGAAUCUCAGCUCCGAGCUUAUCCCUAAAAAGAAAUUCUCCUUCAAGAAUAAGGCUAGUAAGAAAGAGCGAGAUUCCGUUGUUCCAGAAUCCAAACAAAGUAUAGCACCGGUGUACAAUUCCGUCCAACCGAGCUAUGUGGCGCGUGAUUCUCCAGGGUUUAGGAACAAAACCGGUGAGGUUUUGGUUGGAGAGUUUAAAGAAUCGGAGAUAGGGGAAUUCACGAUUUCGGAUCUAGAUUCUUGUGAAGUGAGGAUUAUUGGUUGCAUUAGGGCGCUUUUCAUUCAUAGAUUGAAGGAUUGUAGGGUUUACGUUGGGCCAGUAACGGGAUCAAUUCUGAUUGAGGAAGCUGAGGGUUGUGUUUUCGCGAUUGCGUCGCACCAGAUUCGGAUUCAUGGUGCUAGAAGAAGUGAUUUCUACCUUAGGGUUAGGAGCAGGCCUAUAGUUGAGGAUUGUAAUGGUGUGAGGUUCGCCCCGUAUUGUUUGAGUUAUGGAGGGAUUGAAGAAGAUCUUCGAGGUGCUGAUCUUGAUGCUGAGACGGGAAAUUGGGCCAAUGUGGAUGAUUUCCGGUGGCUACGUGCGGUGCAAAGUCCGAAUUGGUCGAUUUUGCCGGAGAAUGAGAGGGUUGGGAUUCUUGAUAUAUCUAAUUCAGGAAGUAUGAAGAAGGAGAUUUGAUUUGAGUUGUAGAGAGUGUUCUCAAGAUUGUUUAUUUUCAUUUUAUUAGUUUAUUAAUAUUGCAACUGUGAAAGCUAUUUGAUUCUUCAUCUGCAUAGGAGUACUCUUCUUAUCGGGAUUUUGAUGCUGAGAUUAAUGUGAUUUUUGAAAUGCAAAUGCUUUUGCAUAUGUCUCUCUUUCAUUGUUA